GUGGAGAACUUCAUUUCCUUCAGAUUGGAGGGACCUGCGAUGACAUAGAUGAAGCUGAUAUACUUGUAGAUGGAUCCCUUUCCAAAAGUGUAGAACAGUCAUCAGAAGGUACCAAGCCCUUAUCUAACCCUUCUAGUCCAGGCAUUACAGGAGUUGAUCUUUUGGUGGACCAGCCAUUUUCCCUUGAAACACUGACAUCCCUGGUGGAACUGACCCGUUUUGAGACCUUGACACCACGCUUUUCAGCCACUGUCCCUCCCUGUUGGGUCGAAGUCCAGCAAGAGCAGCAGCAAAGGCGGCAUCCUCAGCAUUUGCACCAGCAGCACCAUGGGGAUGCAGCUCAGCACACUCGAACUUGGAAGCUACAGACAGAUAGCAACAGCUGGGAUGAGCAUGUCUUUGAACUGGUUCUACCAAAAGCCUGUAUGGUUGGACAUGUGGACUUCAAAUUUGUUUUGAAUUCAAACAUCACAAACAUUCCCCAGAUUCAAGUGACUUUACUGAAAAAUAAAGCUCCAGGCUUAGGGAAAGUCAAUGAAGCUGCAGUAGAUAGACAGAUCACAUUUCCUUUAUCUCCAGCUCAUAAUAUUGAAGUGGAGAGAAAUGGAAAACCAGGACUGGUUGAAUUCAAUGAAGAAAUGCAGUAUAUGGAUGUAGAGGAACCGCAAUGUCUUAGAUUGUGUCCAUUUCUGGAGGAACACAAGGAAGAUAUACUUUGUGGUCCAGUAUGGCUGGCUACUGGACUUGAUCUAUCAGGACAUGCUGGAAUGUUGACAUUAACAAGUCCAAAGCUUGUUAAAGGCAUGGCUGGUGGCAAGUACCGCUCAUUUUUAAUUCACGUUAAAGCAGUGAAUGACAGAGGAACAGAAGAAAUCUGCAAUGGUGGCAUUAGACCAGUUGUUAGAAUACCACCGCUGAAACCUCAGACUAACAAGGGCCAUUCCCUUGCUUCCUUGUUGGCAAAAGUUGCAGCAGGCAAGGAAAAACCAUCUAGCAAAAUUGAAACCACUAAUUCUUCAAGAAAAUCAGAUAAUCUGAGAGGCUGUGACUUGCUUCAGGAAGUCUCUGUAACAAUUCGAAGAUUUAAAAAAACUUCAAUUUCAAAGGAAAGAGUUCAACGGUGUGCCAUGUUGCAGUUUUCAGAGUUCCAUGAGAAGCUGCUCGCCACUCUUUGCAAGAAGACAGAUGAUGGUCUGACUACAGAACAUGCUCAGAGUCUUGUAUUAGACACGCUUUGUUGGCUGGCCGGGGUGUAUUCAAAUGGACCGGGCAGCUCAAAGGAAGGAAGUGACAGCUUGCUUUCAAAAACACGUAAAUGUGUCUCUAAUAUAAUACGUGUUUGCUUCUUUGAAGCUGGGCGGAGCAUAGCUCACAAAUGUGCACGAUUUCUUGCACUAUGCAUCAGCAAUGGCAGGUGUGACCCGAGUCAGCAGGGGUUUGGAUCAGUUCUUCUAAAAGCUUUACUUGACAAUAUGCCUCUUUUGCCUGCUGCUGCAACAGGUGGAUCUGUGUAUUGGUAUUUUGUAUUGCUGAAUUACGUAAAGGAUGAAGAUUUGGCAGGAUGUAGUACAGCUUGUGCAUCAUUGCUAACUGCUGUGUCCCGGCAGUUGCAGGAUCGCCUAACGCCUAUGGAAGCGUUACUUCAAACAAGAUAUGGACUAUAUAGUUCACCUUUUGAUCCAGUUCUGUUUGAUUUGGAAAUAAGUGGCUCUUCUUGUAAAAAUGUAUACAACAGCAGCAUUGGAGUACAGUCAGAUGAGAUUGAUUUGUCUGAUGUUCUAUCAGGAAAUGGGAAAAUAAGUAGCUGUGCAGCUGCUGAAGGUAGUUUUACUUCCCUUACUGGACUUCUGGAAGUUGAACCUCUGCACUUUACCUGUGUUUCAACAAGUGAUGGAACUAGAAUAGAAAGGGACGAUGCAAGUACGUUUACUGUGAGUACCUUUGGGGUUACCCCAGCAGUUGGUGGCCUCUCUUCUGGAACGGUUGGGGAAGCCUCGACAGCACUGAGCUCGGCAGCCCAGGUAGCUUUGCAGUCUCUCUCUCAUGCAAUGGCCUCAGCCGAGCAACAGCUCCAGGUGCUGCAAGAGAAACAGCAGCAGCUUUUGAAGCUUCAGCAACAGAAAGCUAAGCUGGAAGCAAAACUGCAUCAGACAACAGCAGCAGCGGCAGCAGCAGCAUCAGCAGUUGGUCCUGUUCACAACUCUGUGCCUUCUAACCCAGUAGCAGCCCCAGGGUUCUUCAUCCAUCCCUCAGAUGUCAUUCCACCCACACCAAAAACAACUCCUCUGUUCAUGACUCCACCUUUGACUCCGCCUAAUGAGGCAGUUUCUGCUGUUAUUAAUGCAGAGCUUGCUCAGCUUUUCCCUGGUUCAGUCAUUGAUCCCCCAACAGUUAACCUUGCAGCACAUAACAAAAAUACAAGCAAAUCUAGAACGAAUCCACUUGGAUCCGGUCUUGCUCUUGCAAUAUCUCACGCUUCACAUUUUCUUCAACCUCCACCUCAUCAGUCAAUUAUUAUAGAGCGAAUGCACUCAGGAGCAAGAAGAUUCGUGACCUUAGAUUUUGGAAGACCUAUAUUGCUGACAGAUGUAUUGAUUCCCACUUGUGGAGAUUUGGCUUCUUUAUCAAUUGACAUCUGGACUUUAGGAGAAGAAGUGGAUGGAAGGCGGCUGGUAGUGGCUACUGACAUUAGCACACAUUCACUUAUUUUACAUGACUUGUUGCCACCCCCAGUUUGCAGGUUUAUGAAGAUUACUGUUAUUGGUCGAUAUGGUAGCACAAAUGCCAGAGCAAAAAUCCCAUUAGGAUUUUAUUAUGGCCAUACCUAUAUCUUACCCUUUGAAAACGAGCUGAAACUAAUGCACGAUCCCCUCAGAGGAGAAGGUGAAGCUGCAAAUCAGCCGGAAGUUGACCAACAUUUGGCAAUGAUGGUUGCCUUGCAAGAAGACAUACAAUGCAGGUACAAUUUGGCCUGUCAUCGGUUAGAAAUCCUUCUGCAGAGUAUUGACCUGCCACCGCUCAAUAGUGCUAACAAUGCCCAGUACUUUUUACGAAAGCCAGACAAGGCAGUAGAAGAAGAUAGCAGAGUAUUUUCUGCUUACCAGGACUGCAUUCAGCUACAACUUCAACUCAACUUGGCUCACCAUGCUGUUCAGAGGCUUAAAGUAGCUUUAGGUGCAAGCAGGAAAACGCUGAAGGAGCAAUCUGAUCCAAAAGAGUUGAUUCAGAUGUCAUCCACAGAACAGUUACGCACCAUCAUUAGAUACUUACUGGAUACUUUGCUUAGUUUGCUUCAUUCUUCCAAUGGGCACUCUGUUCCUGUGGUUCUGCAAAGUACUUUUCAUGCUCAAGCUUGUGAGGAAUUAUUUAAACACCUCUGUAUCAGUGGAACCCCAAAGAUACGAUUGCAUACUGGCCUUCUGCUUGUUCAGCUCUGUGGAGGAGAAAGAUGGUGGGGUCAGUUUCUUUCAAAUGUACUGCAGGAAUUAUACAAUUCAGAGCAACUUCUCAUAUUCCCACAAGACAGGGUCUUCAUGUUGCUUUCUUGCAUUGGCCAAAGAUCGCUUAGCAACAGUGGUGUUUUAGAAAGUUUACUUAAUCUGCUGGAUAACCUGCUGUCACCACUGCAACCUCAUUUACCUGUGCACAGAAGAACUGAAGGAGUUUUAGACAUUCCCAUGAUCAGCUGGGUUGUAAUGCUGGUGUCCAGACUACUAGAUUACGUAGCUACUGUUGAAGAUGAAGCAGCCACAGCCAAGAAACCUCUAAAUGGAAAAGAGAGGGAACGAUUUUUGACAGGAAACCAGUGGAGUUUUAUAAAUAAUAGCCUUCACACCCAGAGUCUGAGCAGAUCUACUAAAGGCAACAGUAGCCUAGACAGACUGUAUUCCCGAAAGAUCAGAAAACAACUUGUGCAUCAUAAACAGCAACUUAACUUAUUAAAAGCAAAACAGAAGGCUUUGGUGGAACAGAUGGAAAAAGAGAAAAUACAAAGCAACAAAGGAUCAUCAUACAAACUUUUAGUAGAACAGGCAAAACUAAAGCAGGCUACUUCAAAGCACUUCAAGGACUUAAUACGCUUACGUAGGACUGCAGAAUGGCCUCGUUCUACUUUAGAUACAGAAGUAUCAACAACAAAGGAAACUCCAGAAAUUGAACCGCUUCCAUUUACACUGGCACAUGAACGCUGUAUUUCUGUAGUGCAGAAGCUGGCACUCUUUCUCUUAUCCAUGGACUUUACUUGUCAUGCAGAUUUACUUCUGUUUGUUUGUAAGGUUCUUGCUAGAAUUGCAAAUGCUACAAGACCAACAAUUCAUUUAUGUGAGAUUGUAAAUGAGACUCAGUUGGAAAGAUUAUUGCUGCUUCUCGUCGGAACGGACUUUAACAGAGGAGACAUCUCCUGGGGAGGAGCAUGGGCUCAAUAUUCCCUGACCUGUAUGCUGCAGGAUAUUCUUGCAGGAGAGUUGUUGGCACCUAUAGCGGCUGAAGCUAUGGAAGAAAGUGCUUUGGGAGAAGAUCCUGGAGCUUCGGCUGGGGAUUCUGAUGACUCUCUGCAGCAGUCCACGGUUCAGUUAGUGGAAACAAUAGAUGAGCCUUUGACACAUGACAUCACAGGUGCUCCACCUCUGUCAUCUUUGGAAAAAGAUAAGGACAUAGACCUUGAAUUACUGCAAGACCUGAUGGAAGUUGAUAUCGAUCCUUUGGAUAUUGAUUUGGAAAAAGAUCCCCUUGCAGCCAAAGUCUUCAAGCCUAUAAGCAGCACAUGGUACGAUUACUGGGGUGCCGAUUAUGGCACCUACAAUUAUAAUCCUUACAUUGGAGGUGUUGGAAUUCCAGUUGCAAAACCACCGGUAACUACAGAGAAAAAUGGAUCACAGACUGUGAGCGUAUCAGUCUCUCAAGCUUUAGAUGCACGUCUAGAAGUUGGACUUGAACAGCAGGCUGAGCUGAUGCUGAAAAUGAUGUCCACCCUGGAGGCUGAUUCCAUUCUACAAGCAUUAACAAACACAUCUCCUACAUUAACCCAGUCUCCUAGCGGAACAGACGAUUCAUUGCUGAGAGGAUUACAUGCUGCUAACCAAAAUGCCCAGCUGAUUGUACAGUUGUCAUCCAUACCUAUGCUGAGCGCGUGCUUCAACAAACUCUUUUCCAUGCUACAGGUCCACCAUGUUCAGCUUGAAUCCCUUUUACAGUUAUGGCUCACAUUAAGCCUGAAUUCCAGCUCCUCUGGAAGUAAAGAUAGUGGCGCUGAUAUUUUCCUUUAUAACGCUAACCGAAUUCCUGUCAUUUCCUUGAACCAAGCUUCAGUAACUAGCUUCCUGUCAGUUCUGGCAUGGUAUCCUAAUACCUUACUCCGGACAUGGUGCCUUGUGCUUCAUAGCCUAACUCUCAUGACAAAUAUGCAGCUUAAUGCUGGUCCAAGCAGUGCCAUUGGAGCUCAGGAAAGUACUGCCCAAUUGUUGGUGUCAGAUCCAAACCUCAUUCAUGUGUUAGUGAAAUUUCUUUCCGGCACUAAUCCUCAUGGAACAAAUCAGCACAGUCCACAGGUUGGGCCAACAGCAACGCAAGCUAUGCAAGAAUUUCUUACUCGAUUACAAGUGCACCUUUCUUCAACUUGUCCUCAGAUGUUCAGUGAAUUUUUAUUGAAAUUAAUACAUAUACUUUCAACAGAAAGGGGUGCUUUCCAGACAGGCCAGGGACCCUUGGAUGCACAAGUGAAACUCUUGGAAUUUACCCUGGAACAGAAUUUUGAAGUUGUAUCCGUUAGCACUAUUUCUGCAGUAAUUGAAUCUAUAACCUUCCUUGUGCAUCAUUACAUUACAUGUUCGGACAAAGUGAUGUCUCGCAGCGGCUCAGACAGUUCUGUGGGUGCUCGAGCGUGUUUUGGAGGGCUUUUUGCCAAUAUUAUCCGUCCAGGGGAUGCCAAAGCAGUUUGUGGAGAAAUGACAAGGGAUCAACUUAUGUUUGAUUUGUUAAAGCUGGUCAACAUUUUAGUUCAACUGCCGCUUUCCAGUAACCGAGAAUAUAGUGCCCGUGUUCCAGUAGCAAGCAGUACUACCGACAGCGUGUCUGAUGAAGAAAAGGUUUCAGGAGGCAAAGAUGGCAAUGGAAGCAACCCUAAUACUCAAGGAUCAACUGCAUAUGUGGCAGACUUGGUGUUAGCCAACCAACAAAUUAUGAGCCAGAUUUUGUCAGCGCUUGGCCAGUGUAACAGCAGUGCUAUGGCAAUGAUUAUUGGUGCAAGUGGCCUACAUCUCACUAAACAUGAAAACUUUCACGGUGGCUUAGAUGCGAUAUCAGUUGGAGAUGGGUUGUUCACUAUCCUGACAACGCUUAGUAAAAAAGCAACAACAGUGCAAGUGAUGCUUCAGCCAAUUCUUACCUAUAUGGCCUGUGGGUACAUGGGAAGACAGGGUUCUCUAGCCACUUGUCAGUUGUCUGAGCCACUGCUCUGGUUCAUUUUACGAGUGCUGGAUACAAGUGAGGCACUGAAGGCUUUCCAUGAUAUGGGUGGUGUUCAGCUUAUUUGUAACAACAUGGUAACGAGCACAAGAGCUAUUGUUAAUACAGCAAGAAGUAUGGUUUCGACUAUUAUGAAAUUUCUUGAUUCUGGUCCUACCAAAGCAACAGAUAGCAGUUUGAAAGCUAGAGUGCUAGCUUCUGAGCCUGAUAAUGCAGAAGGAAUUCACAAUUUUGCGCCUUUGGGUUCGAUCACCUCAAGCAGCCCCACUGCCCAGCCUGCUGAGGUCCUGUUGCAGGCUACUCCUCCCCAUAGACGAGCUCGAUCUGCCGCCUGGUCGUACAUAUUUUUACCCGAGGAAGCUUGGUGCGACCUCACCAUUCACCUUCCCGCGGCCGUGCUGCUCAAGGAGAUCCACAUCCAACCUCACCUGGCCUCUCUGGCAACUUGCCCUUCAUCAGUAUCUGUUGAAAUAAGCGCAGAUGGUGUCAAUAUGUUACCUUUGUCAACUCCUGUUAUCACAAGCGGUCUCACCUAUAUAAAAAUCCAGCUAGUAAAAGCUGAAGUUGCCUCAGCCGUCUGCCUUCGGCUCCAUCGUCCUCGGGAUGCCAGUACACUAGGACUCUCCCAGAUCAAACUGUUAGGCCUCACGGCCUUCGGAAACACCUCGUCUGCAACCGUCAAUAAUCCGUUCCUUCCCUCUGAGGAUCAGGUCUCUAAAACAAGUAUUGGAUGGUUAAGAUUAUUACACCACUGCCUCACCCACAUAAGUGAUUUAGAAGGAAUGAUGGCUAGUGCUGCAGCACCCACUGCUAAUCUGUUGCAGACAUGUGCUGCUUUACUAAUGUCACCUUACUGUGGCAUGCAUUCUCCAAAUAUUGAGGCUGUGCUUGUAAAAAUUGGGCUUCAGUCCACCAGAAUAGGCUUAAAAUUGAUUGACAUUCUUCUAAGAAACUGCUCAGCAUCAGGGAGCGAUCCUGCAGAUCUGAAUAGCCCUUUACUGUUUGGAAGAUUAAAUGGUCUCUCUUCUGACUCCACAAUAGACAUUCUUUAUCAGCUUGGAACAACUCAAGACCCUGGAACAAAAGAUAGAAUUCAAGCAUUGCUGAAAUGGGUCAGCGAUUCCGCAAGAGUUGCAGCUAUGAAAAAAAGUGGUCGAGUCAGCUACAUUUGUCCAAAUAGCUCAACAAGAGAGUAUGGUCUUUUGAUGCCAUCUCCUUCCCAUUUGCAUUGCGUAGCAGCAAUUUUGUGGCAUAGUUAUGAAUUGCUUGUUGAAUAUGAUUUACCAGCGUUGCUGGACAGAGAGCUCUUUGAGUCACUGUUUAACUGGUCCAUGUCUCUUCCCUGCAACAUGGUUUUGAAGAAAGCUGUUGAUAGUUUGCUUUGCUCGAUGUGCCACAUCCACCCAAAUUAUUUUUCCUUACUCAUGGGAUGGAUGGGUAUCACUCCUCCUCCAAUGCAGUGUCAACACAGACUCUCCAUGACUGAUGACAGCAAAAAGCAGGACCUUAGUUCAUCUUUAACAGAUGACUCUAAAAACGCACAAGCCCCUCUUGCACUAACAGAGUCUCACCUGGCUACUCUUGCUGCCUCAUCUCAGUCUCCUGAAGCUAUCAAGCAAUUAUUGGACUCAGGUUUGCCUUCACUGCUUGUAAGAAGUCUUGCUAGUUUUUGCUUUAACCAUACUUCUAGCUCUGACUGCACUGCACAAUCAAUGGAUAUCACCCAGGACAGGCUCAGGAGGCAUCAUGUUCCACAGCACUUUAAUAAAAUGCCUAUCACGGCAGACCUGGUUGCUCCUGUUCUCAGGUUUUUGACAGAAGUUGGCAACAGCCACAUGAUGAAGGAUUGGUUGGGUGGCUCUGAAGUCAAUCCGUUGUGGACAGCACUUUUAUUUCUGUUGUGCCAUUCUGGUGCUACUUCUGGAGGACACAAUGUGACGGCACAACAGACCAGUGCAAGAUCUAGCUUGCUUUCUUCCACUGUAACAACAGGGUUGACCACUCAGCAGCGGACAGCAAUUGAAAAUGCAACAGUUGCUUUCUUCUUACAGUGCAUCUCUUGCCAUCCUAAUAACCAGAGACUUAUGGCACAGGUUCUCUGUGAAUUGUUCCAGUCCUCUCCUCAGCGUGGGAACCUCCCUACCUCUGGAAAUAUUUCAGGAUUUAUUAGGAGGCUUUUUUUGCAGCUGAUGCUAGAGGAUGAGAAAGUGACUUUGUUUCUUCAGUCCCCGUGUCCACUGUACAAAGGUAGAAUUAAUGCGACUAGCCAUGUAAUUCAACAUCCAAUGUAUGGAGCUGGACACAAAUUUCGUACUCUUCACUUGCCUGUCUCAACAACUCUAGCAGAGGUUCUUGAUCGUGUGUCAGAUACACCUAGUAUUACAGCUAAGCUAAUUAAUGAACAAAAGGAAGAUAAAGAAAAAAAGAACUAUGAAGAAAAAGAAAAAGUUAAAGCAGAAAAUGGAUUUCAGGACAAUUAUAGCGUUGUUGUUGCAUCUG